AUCAAAAGCUAAGUUUUCUAUAUCACUCUUAACUUUGCUUUAUUAGAAUCAGUUGCAUAUUUUUUGGUUUUCCAAUGGCCACAGUUGAGGUUGCAUCAGCAAAGAUUGCCCUCCCAGACGACACAACAGAGGCAUCAUUGAAGGCUGAAGAGGAGAAGACUAAAGAAGAAGUUGUUGAGACUCCAACACCAACAUCAGAACCUGGCUCUGACCAAACCAAUGAAGAAGCUAAAGCCCCAGAACCUGAAGCUUCUGAAGGUAAGCCAUCAAUUGAAGUUGAGACAAAAGAGGUGGUAGAAGAAGUUGUGUCUGAGACUGUCAAAGAAGAGCCAAAAGCUGAGAAGACAGAAGAGGAAACCAAGAAGGAAGAAGCCGAGCCAGAAGAAGUUGCUGAGGAAACAAAAGAAAAUGCUGAUCCUGUUGAGGUUCAGGCACCAGCAAGUGCAGAACCAGAAAAAGAAACCCAAAAAGAAGAUACUGCUAAAGAAGAGAAGGUAUCUGAGGCUGAAGCUAAGGAUACAGAAGGCUCAGGUGGAAAGAAAGAGGAGGAAGUCACAGCAGAAGCACAAGCUGAGAAGAGUGAUGAGGUGACAGUGACAGUGACAGACACUCCAACUGAGAAGACUGAGUGAAGAAUGUGAAGAGGAAAUGUGCAGUUUAUGUAACUGUUUGACAGGGUAUUUUCUCAGUUGCAUAUUGUCUUGUUGCUUCAUGUCUUUUCUUUGUUUAGUGGUCUAAUAAAAAUAGCUAGUACAUAGCUAAAUGGGAAAGAGAGAUGAGUGAUGACGACCCACUAAUCACAUGGAAUAUACAUGAGCUGUAUGUACUCUUUCUGUUUAUGUACUGUGAGCUCUAUGUGGAAAUUUGGGUGUGGGUCUCUUAGGUACUAGGUAUUAUCAAUGAAGUCUGUUGUUAUGGUCUUUGUACGAUUCUGCAUUGAGCAAUGCAGAAUAGCUUUCUUUGUUCAAAUAAAUAUGUAGAUUAU